AUAAAGCUUUUAUGUCCAUUGUGUGGAUUCAAGGCACCCCAACCCCCCACAGUACCAAACACUAUUUUCAUUUUUGAAAACAGUCCAUUUGACAACAAAAAAUAAAUUUGCCUCCACCUGUUUUCUACCCCUGGUUCGUUGACGCACAACACUUUCUGGCAAAGGAGGUGAUGAAGAAACAGCCUAACGGACCACGUUUCACACUCUGACAAGUGCUCUUUCGCACACAAGUGGCAUUCCUCUCCGUGCGACUCAGCUCGAACUGGGCAUACAGUCGCAGAUGUCAUUCCGAGGCAGAGAAGACGGCGGGGUUUAAUAUCUUACAUGCCAGUUCAUCGGGCGAGAUAACGUGGACAGGAAAGUGAAACUGUUUGUUUCUGUCAAGUCGCUGCUGCAGUGAUUCUUACCGUCUGUUUCCGUGGAUUAUCGUGAAAAUCAGCGAACUGGCGGACCUCAGAGAUUUCUCCGAGAAGCGUAAUGGGAGCCACCUCAAAUGCGGCGCGGAGGAGUAGCAGCAGCCCUCUUUGCCUCCGUUCCCCGGGACUUGCGCACACCGGGGUGCGCCAUGGACAGGUUAUGCAGAUAGAGCGCUCUUCCUCAGAACCCCUUAUCCUGCCGUGCCCAGGGGAAUAAAAUAAUGAAUUCCUCAUCAGAAAUCCCAAAAGCAGAGCUACUGUUCCACCAGCAGAAUGACACCCUUGAUGGAGCAGCAGCAGCAGCAGGAGCAGGAGACACCAACGUUGGUGACAUCGAUAUGGGCAUUGGGUUUCCCCCAGGGAACAGCGAGCUGGAGACCCUCUUCCUGCUCACCAUCCACGAGCCCACCACCAUUGCGCUCACCGUCAUGUACAUCCUGUCGUUUGUGGUGGGCUUCGUCGGCAACAUCAUGGCCCUCCACGUGCUGACGGGCCGCAGCAGGACGGGACGGCGCCUGUCUGGGGUCAGCGCCACCCGGAGCCUGCUGAUCAACCUGGCGGCGUGCGACCUGAUGGUGGUGCUGGUGUGCAUGCCCAUCACGCUGGGCCACACCAUCUACGCGGCCUGGGUGUACGGCGACUUCCUGUGCCGCGCCGUGCCCUUCACGCAGGCCGUGUCGGUCUCCGCCAGCGUGCUCAGCCUGACGGUCAUCAGCGUCAACCGCUACUACAGCGUGCACAGCCCGCUCAGCGCCCGCUCCUUCUUCACGCGCCGCAAGAUCCUGGGCACCGUGGCGGUGGUCUGGCUGGUCUCCUCCUCCAUCAGCUCGCCGCUCAUCUUCAUGAACCAGCGCGACGAGAUCCCGCUGAUCGGCGACGUCAUGGUGCCCAUCUGCCGCGAGAUCUGGCCCCAGGCACGGCUCAAGCAGGUCUACAACGUGCUGCUGUUCGUGGCGCUCUACUGCAUCCCGGUGACCUUCAACCUGGCGGUCAGCUUCCUGACGGGCCGCAAGCUGUGGUGGGCCUCGCGCAACUUCCAGGACUUCGACCCGCAAAGCCAGGCCGUGCACUCCUCGCGCCUCAAGAUGCGCAAGAAGAUCGCCAAGAUGGUGGUGGCGCUGGUGCUGCUCUUCGCCGUCUCCUGGCUCCCCCUCUACGUGACGGACAUCUGGAUCGACCACGUGCAGCACCCGCCGCCCUGGGCGCUGCAGCUGCGGCCCUUCGCCCAGUGGCUGGGCCUGACCAACUCCAGCCUCAACCCCAUCUGCUACUGCUUCAUCGGCGACCUCUACCGCUCGGCCAAGGUCAUCAAAAACAAGUACCACCAGAGGCUCAUCUCCAUGCUCAGCGCCUCGUCGGGGGGCGGCAGCAGCAGCAGCAUCCCCAGGAUGUUCUCCUCCAGGCGGAAGAAGUCUGCACAGCGGCCUGGGGCAGGAAGAGGUGGGCUGGAGGUGGCGGGGGCGGGGGGAGCGGGGGCGGAGCGGAACCACCAGGUGGCUGAGGACACCAUCUCGGAGUGGUGCUCUCACACCAGCGUGUACGAAAACCCCAGUCAGAUGGUGUCUCUGCAGAGUCUCACCGACAGGACAGUGACAGGGUCCAAGAGCUCCUCUGACUUAACGGUGUGUGUAACAGUGAACAGUGUGUGUGUACAGGGGAAUGUGUGUAAACAGUAACCGGCUUGGUGAUUGUCCCUUAAAGCAACACAAAGUCGUUUUUUUUUUAAGCUUCAAAUAUUGUUUUCCAAGUCACUGGUUUAUCAGGUGGGAACAGGUUGUCCUCCGCUAGCUAUAACUGUACUGUUGUAAGUGAUUUCAGAGGUGUGGACCCUGUCUCUGUUUUUUUCUGUGAGAGACAACUUCGUUUCAGACCUGUUGAAGAUGAAAACUACUCUGUGGUCCAGUACUUCAAGAAGCCAAGGGCGCUUGGGCAAUGGGAGAUGAUUAUGUUGUGGACCUUGAGUGAUAUAUUGACUGUGGCAGACAAUAAAUGUUUGACCUAUACACUGAAGGCUGUGUGGCCUUGUUGUCAGUGUUAGUGUUAAUAGACUGAUACUAUAGGGAAUGUUCAAUGAAAGCGGAAUGAUUGUCCUUCAGCAUAAGCCAAUUCCGGUGUUGGGAAUGUAAGUGUUAAUGGUUCUAGUCAGUGCCUGUGAUGAGCAUGUACCUCGUAGCAUCAUGUUUUUAUGAGAGAAAAGAGAGAAAAAUUCCGGAAUGUAAGUGUUAAUGGUUCUAGUCAGUGCCUGUGAUGAGCAUGUACCUCGUAGCAUCAUGUUUUUAUGAGAGAAAAGAGAGAAAAAGGCCAUAAUGGGUCGUUGGACAUAUUGAAAUGGCUCUGCAGACGGCACAGUGUGUUCUUUUUCAGAGCCAGAGCCAAUGUGGUAAAUAGAAAAUCUGUUCAGCGCUGCCCUUUUUGACUCCACGUACCACAGUACCUGCUCAUUUAUUUCUGGUCAAACAAAAGGACACGCGUAUAAUUGAAUGUGACGUCAGUGGCUUAUUGCAACUGAAAAAAAAUCGUGUUUAAUUAAUGGAGCAUCGUCAACUGUGUAAACAUUGUAAAUAUCUGAUAUCAAGAUUAGUAUGUGAAGAACAAACACAUUCUUCCAUUUUACUGUAACUGUUUACAUCUUAGGCUCGACUACUGUACCUUUGAAGUAAAGCUGACACUGUCUAGCACGCAAUGGUGCAGUAAUGUUUA